CGCACUUCCGGUGCCCUUUCUCCUGCGAGCACCUGGGCCGCGGACCCUCGUGUGCAGGGUGCGGUUUCUAAACUGGAGUCGGGUAGAGGCGGGCCGGCACCCACUCCUGACCUUUGGGGCCGCCGGUCUCAGGAUCGGACAUGGCCCAGAACUUGAAGGACUUGGCGGGGCGGCUGCCCUCCGGGCCCCGUGGCAUGGGCACGGCGCUGAAGCUGUUGCUCGGGGCCGGCGCCGUGGCUUACGGGGUCCGCGAGUCCGUGUUCACCGUGGAAGGCGGGCAGAGAGCCAUCUUCUUUAAUCGGAUCGGUGGCGUGCAACAGGACACCAUUCUCGCCGAGGGCCUCCACUUCAGGAUCCCCUGGUUCCAGUACCCCAUCAUCUAUGACAUUCGGGCCAGGCCACGGAAAAUUUCCUCCCCCACAGGCUCUAAAGACCUGCAGAUGGUGAACAUCUCCCUGCGGGUGCUGUCUCGACCCAAUGCCCUGGAGCUCCCCAGCAUGUACCAGCGCCUCGGGCUGGACUACGAGGAGCGAGUGUUGCCGUCCAUUGUCAACGAGGUUCUCAAGAGCGUGGUGGCCAAGUUCAACGCCUCACAGCUGAUCACCCAGCGGGCCCAGGUGUCUCUGCUGAUCCGAAGGGAGUUGACAGAGAGGGCCAAGGACUUCAGCCUCAUCCUGGACGAUGUAGCCAUCACGGAGCUAAGCUUUAGCCGAGAGUACACAGCUGCUGUAGAAGCCAAACAAGUGGCACAGCAAGAGGCCCAGCGGGCCCAGUUCUUAGUGGAAAAGGCAAAGCAGGAACAGCGGCAGAAGAUCGUGCAGGCUGAGGGUGAAGCUGAGGCCGCUAAGAUGCUUGGAGAAGCACUGGGCAAGAACCCAGGCUACAUCAAGCUACGAAAGAUCCGGGCGGCCCAGAACAUCUCCAAGACGAUCGCCACAUCACAGAAUCGUAUCUAUCUCACUGCUGACAACCUUGUGCUGAACCUGCAGGAUGAAAGUUUCACCCGGUGAGAGAUGUGCCUCCUCAAGAGC